ACAAAUAUGCUCUAUACGGACUGUGUUUGUGUGCUAAAAGCUUGUUUCAAGGAAAUUAACAACAAUCUUCUACGCAUGCAGGAACUCAUAAUAAAUAGUGAACCAUAUAUUUCUACGAUAUUUUACCACAAGCAGAGAAAGCCAUUCCUGAUAAUGAAGCUUAAGGCUCUGAAGAAACAACAUAUGGCAAUCAGUAACACAGUACAAAAGCUGAACAUGACCUUCAGUCUGCAACUUCUUGCUACGAUAAUCAUAAUCUUCCUUCAUAUCAAUUUUGAAUUGUAUUACCAUCUCUUGCAGUGGCAUGAUGGGUUGGUCAUCAAGUUGGAUAAACAGUUUGGUAAGAUAUUCUUAAAUACCAUGGUAUACUACGUUUUAAAAAUGGCGUUCAUUGUGUGGGCCUGCGAGACGGGCAAGAAUCAAGCUCAAGAGCUCCGCACUACGAUUCACGACGUACUUAACAGCACAAGAGAUGAGCAAAUCAAACACGAGGUGACAAGUACAAAUCGAAGAGCUCCAUGGUUACUUCACGCCUAA